UUCACAAAACACAAAGAAGAGAUACUGUUACCAGUUACUCUCUAUUUCCUUGAAAGAAAAAGAACAAGAGAAUACUGUUAACACCAACUACUACACAUAUAAUUUAGUCAGUUAACAUAACAAUGGCAUUAUCUUGUGUGACUCUCUCCAAGUCUUUGCCACCAAAUAAUUCAAUCAGAAUACUUCCCAUUUCUCUUCUUUCUACAUCAUCAAACAUUCAAUUUUCAACAUUUCAAAACCUCUCAAAAAGGCCACUUUCUGAGCAAUACAUAAAAAAGCCAAGUAGUAGUAUUAAAACUCAAGUGUCAUUCUUUCCUGCCUUCUUAACUAAAGGCAAAGAUGCUAAAACUCUUAAGCUGGACCUUCUUGAGGCUAUUCAACCACUUGAUAGAGGAGCUGAUGCCACCCCUGAGGACCAGGAGAUAAUUGAACAGCUCACCCGCAAGCUCGAAGCAGUGAAUCCAACCAAACAACCACUCAAGUCUGAUUUACUGGAUGGGAAAUGGGAGCUCAUUUACACUACCUCUAAAUCAAUCUUACAAACUCAGAGACCUAAGAUCUUAAGAUCAAGACGCAACUACCAAGCAAUUAAUGUGGACACCCUUCGGGCUCAGAACAACGAAACCUGGCCAUUUUUUAACCAGGUCACAGCUGACCUCACUCCGGUAAAUCCAAGAAAAGUAGCUGUGAAAUUUGAUUACUUCAAAAUUGGAGGGCUGAUACCUGUUAAGGCACCAGAUACUGCUCGUGGUUCAUUGGAAUUCACUUACUUAGAUGAAGAUUUACGAGUAUCAAGAGGAGACAAAGGAAACUUGUUUAUCUUGAAAAUGGUUGAUCGGUCAUACAGGAUUCCAAGUUGACAACCAAAUGUAUGACUGUCAACUGAUCUUAUGUCUCUGGCUUAUGAGCCAGAUCAGAACUUUCCUUGUGGUGCUUUACUGGGAGAUUGUCAAGAAACCAAUAUCCCCAAGCAGUACAGGAGUAUUUUUGUUUUAAUACAAAUAUAUACAAAUAAAUUAAAGCUCAGAUUGAAAAGUGUUACUGAAAUACUGUACAUUACAGUCAUAUAAGCUUGUAUUCUGCACUGUAUGGAACUUGUAUAUUCUCAACUGUCUAACCUGGAAUUCAAUGACUGAUUUGAGUUUUUAGUUUUCUCUAGGUGUUGUCUAGAAUUAUGUCAAUAAUUAUAUGACUGAAUUCUUCUGGGUGCUUUGGCAUCAUGUAUCAGAUACAAUCAUAUAAUAAUACCUUGUACUUCAAAUAA